AUGGCCACGCCGCGGCGCACGUUCCGCAUCCAGCUGGACGGCAGCGGCCCCGCGGAGAUCAACUUCAAGCAGCUCCGCUUCAACAUCAUCGAGCACCUGGAGAAGCGCUACGGGGGCGGCGCCGUGCUCAACGACGCGGACGACGGCGGCGCGGGCGGUGGCGGCGGCUUCGACCGGCGCGACGACGAUGACCUGUACGACUCGGAGGACUCGUUCAUCGACGACACGGAGCUGCAGCAGAACAUCGAGGACGUGCGCGGCCAGACGCGCGUCAAGACCAAGCACUCGGGCUUCUUCGUGAACGCCGGCGAGGAGAUCGAGACGCUGGAGCGCGAGGACGCGGACAGCGACGACGACCGAGCCGCCGCCAGCGCCAAGGCCAAGCGCGGCAAGAAGCGCGCGGUGGACGGCGCGCUGCGCUCGUUCCUGGACGAGCUGCCGGACGCGGCCAGCGACUGGCAGCCGACGGAGGAAGUGGUGAAGAACCUGGAGGUGUUGCGCACGGCGGUGCGGGAGUUGGCGGAGGCGGCGCCGAUCCCGAAGGUGUUCCCGAGAUCGCUGGAUGAACCGCUCAGAGCGGUGGACAAGCUGGUGGUGGAGGCACACCCGAACAAGUGGCGAGUCACGGGAUACUUCGCCACGCUGAUGACGUUCUUGCCCUACACGAAGCAGUAUCUGAAGUCUAAUAUGCUGCGACUGGAAGCUCGCGAUGCCGCGAAGAACGAAAAGGAGAAGCUGGACACCGCGCUUGACGUUGCCACGAAGCACAUUGCAGCGUAUGCGACUCGAGCAACGGCGGAGCCUGCUGAUCUGCUGAAGGAUGAUAUUGCGAAGGACAAAGAAUUGGGCACCAAGCUCCAUGCAUUGCUGGAGCUUCAAGACGAGUGGGUUUCUAAAGAAAAUGACUAUCGGUAA